AUGAACAAUUUUGGCGUCAUCGAAGUCGCCAGUCAAAAGACGAAAAACGCCCCAGGUUGGGCGUACGUCCCAGAUACCGGCCUUACGCCCGCCGCGGCCGCCGCGCUACAACCUCUCAACCGCAAACGUGCUGCACGCGACAAGGCCAACGUCGGCGCUCCCGAUCUUACUGCCAGACAGGAUGCGAAGAUUCGGAAGGAUCUUGAGGCAUUGGACAAAGAUUCACAUAGGGAUGCGCAGAUUCCCAUACCGCCCAAGGCGGGUGGGACUAGAGCCCAAAACAAACACACACCGAACGUGCGCAAGAUUCUACAAUCACAAAAGACCUUUGCGAACCACUUAGACGACUAUCAAGCCUUCCUGGCACUGGCCGAGAGCAAUCCUCAACUCGCAGCUCAAGUAAACAAACCAACACCGACAACAGCAGCAACAACAGCAACAACAACAGCGAGGAACUCGCCCGCUCCAUCGACUAUCACCACCGCAAGUUCAAAUAAACGCUCCUCGGCCGCUCCCAAAAGGGCAGCCGCGACGGCAGCAGCAGCAGCAGGGGCAAAAGAAGAAAAGGGCGGAUCCAAUAAAAAGCUCAAGACCCAACCACAACCGAAACCCGUCGCCGGCAACGACGAUGUAGAGAUGACCGAUGGUCCUGAGGCCACACAAGAAACCAUGACCCCAGACUCCUCAGAACCAUUUCCCCCACGUCCCGACACACCCACAUGCCUUGAGCCCUCAACAACAGCAACACCAACAACAACAGAACAACCAAAACUCCAAUCCUACCCACCAGACGGCACCAUCCUACCAGCCUACAACCGACCACCACCCACUCCCCACCCAGGCGACGACGACCCCCUGCUCGUCUCGCGCGUCCCUCCCUUCCCAACGGACGAGGAGCUCCGGGCGUUGAUAACGGCUCCACCGCUGAGCUACCUCGAGGCGCGGGCGCAGUGGACCGAGGAGGAGGAGGGUAGAUACCCGGCUCGCAGGUUUUGCGAAGUGUGUGGGUAUUGGGGACGGGUGAAGUGCAUCAAGUGCGGGGCGAGGGUUUGUGCUUUGGAGUGUCUGGAGGCGCAUCGGGAGGAGUGUUUGGUUAGGUAUGGGCUGUAG